GUGAUGCAUUCUUUGUCUGGAAUGGGACCCUCUCGAAAUUAUACCAAAAAUAGAAGCUGGCGUGAGACUUGGCGCAUUCCUUAGGUACACUCAUGCUAAACUUUUCGAAUUCAUCUGCCCCAUACGGGUUGUAUGGUUCUUAAAAUAUUACCUGGAAAGAAGAAAAUCAGGUAUACUGUCGAAAGCGUUAGUGCACUGCAAAAAGCGAAAUGGCCGCUUUCAGGCAAACCCUGAAUGGGAGCCCGUAUAUGAAUAUCGGGUAUAACUGAUGGAGAUAAAACUCUUUCAAAGAAGAAUUGAGGACAAAGAACACUUACAUUCUAGUUAUCCAAACGUUCUUCUGGAUUUUUCUCCCAAUUUCACUACCACUAUCGCCUCAGAAAGGAGAAACAUCAUAGUUUUCAUAUCACCAAAAGCAUAGACCAUCAUGACAACCAAAGUCCAAAAGCGCAAGCGCACUGACAACUCCAAGCUCGGGGGCUUCGGCCGACGCACUAAGCGCAAGGCCACCAUCGACGACCUCCUCCCCUCCGUCGAAUUUGACGACGACCUCUCGAGCGACAACUCAUCCGACUUAUCCGAACUCCUCGACGACCCCGACUACCGCGCCUGGGAAACGCGUCUCGAAGAAUACCAAUCAAGCCCGGACUACGGCUACAAGGAUACCGUCCAGUCCCGGCCCUUCGUCCCCCCACGAGUGACGCGCAUCCCGUCGUUUUCCGACACAGAGGAAGAGCGCGAAUACAAGGCGAAGGUCCAACAAUUCUACGAUGAAGCCGGCAUAGACGUAAAAGUCGAUGAUCCAAUUGUCGGGGAGUUCGAGUCGGACAUUAUCGCCCGCGAGGGUGAAAAGAACUUCGAGGGCAAGGCCGCCUCACCGGAGGACAGCAGCGAUGAUGACUUGCCGAAGUUCACCCCGGACACGACGCCGCUUGCUCGCUUCAACUUCAAGGAGCUCCUUGAUAUUACCGGCCAUACGUUGAAUUACGUCAUCAAAACCCGCGGUGCCGACAUCGACCCCACAGACAUAGACGCUGUGCGGGAAACCCUUGAUGCCGAUGAUGAGGUGUAUGACGAGGCGGAGUGGUACACGCCGCUUGAAAAGGCGAGGGAGCAAGCAGAGGAGAUCGUUAAGCAAAUCUUUGAUAUGCCCGUUCGCGAUUUUAUGGGCCUUGCUCACAACGUCGUUCGCUUUAAGGAGGAAUUAGAUGAGCGUGGGAUCUACAUUCUCGACUAAUAGUGAGGAUUUGAUGUAUUUAUUUCCGUUGGUACGGAUCAAAGGCUCGUUGGUUUGGGAAAAGGACUGUUGUCAGAUUUUCAAUCAGAUUUCUUGAAAAUUUUAGACCUGUAAUAUGAAAUUGUAUUCUGUAAA